AUGUCUCUGGUUGCCUCGCUCAGCCAUCGAUUCUCGGUUUCGACUCGACGAAAGAGUCUACGCGCACCGCCUGCAUCCCUUGCCUCUUCUUCAAACACCGCCCGUACGACUGACAGUACGCAAGUGAAGGUUGGUCGACCGACGACUGAGCCACCUGUGCUGGUGCAACCCUCGAGGAGAGUGGCCCGCCAGUCCUAUUGGGAUCUGUCGUCACCAGUUCCAGAGGAACUCUCUGUGUAUGGCGAAGAGACGAUCAUCGAGGGAUUGGCAUGGAGACUCGAGUUGCUCCUGGAUAUCUCCCCGCCAUAUGGUCUAAUUGUACCAGAAAUGGUAUGGGCAGCUCGUCAAGACCCAAACAUUUGUGGUCCUGCUCUUAACCUACUCUGGUCGGCGAUAUAUACAGACGCUGAAUCACCUGUAUGUGAGAUCCCUCUGGUGAAAAUCGACACCUACGGCCUGAAGCAUGCCGAUUACACCAUCCCAAUUACCAGUUACAACGCUCCCGAGUCGUUGCGCCACAUUUUGUACAAAUGGGAGCAUCUCGCACGCCGCCUGAGACGCAUCGAGCCGCGAUUUCACGUUGAUAUCGCCCGCAUUAUCUGUGAUAUGGACCCCCUCGAAUCGCCGCUGGUUCCGGAGGUUAUGCGUGUAGCCGAUGACAUGCAAAAGUUGGCAGAAGAUCUUACGAACCGGAGGUUGUUCUUUGAUUAUCUGCGACAGCGGACUCAUCAGAGCGUUCAUCAAGGUUAUUCCGCCAACACCUCCGACGCACGGAGCUCAUCAACGAGUUCGGCAAGCUCAGGAACGGAGACGAGUUCCGAGAACUCCACGACCAUUUCCAGCAUUUCACUGGUCUCUUAA